AAAAAAGGAGGGCAUCACUCUGGCGUCGCCUGGUGUAAAGUGUUGGGUGUAUAUAUAAAUAUAUAUAUAUAUAAGUAUAUAUAUAUAUUUAUAUAUAUAUAUAUAUAUAUAUAGAUAUACAUAUAUGUAUUAUAUGUGGUGUAUAUAAGUGGAACAGUCUUUCGAAUAUUUUCACUGGGUAGACAUAGCUUGCCAUGAUGUGAUGGCUAUGAAUUUGAGAAAUCUGUUCCAGGAUUUUAACCCUAGCCAAUUCCUGGUAUUUUCAAGUUUGCUGGUUUUUUCUCUGCUGUUUUCAUUACGAUUGGAUGAAACGAUCCAAUGGAGUUAUUGGCUUGUUUUCCUUCCAAUAUGGCUGUGGAAAGUAAUGGUAGUAGCUGGGGCUUCAGUCGGCAGUUACAUUUGGUGGAGAAAUCCUCAGUACAGAGUUGAAGGUGAUGGCUAUGUCCAGUAUAAAGCUAUGGUCAUCUGUACAGGGAUGCAUUUACUUCUGCUGAUGUUUGAGAUUCUUGCUUGUGACAACUUGGAGAACAAAACACACUCGUGGAUCCUUGUUUUUAUUCCUCUCAUAUUCAUGUCAGUUGUCUCUAUCGGCAUUUGUAUAUGGGCUGUGAAGAAUGAAAGGUCAUUUGAGUUUGCAGUACAAUACCGAAUAUUAGAGAACCCUGGCGCUCUGCAGAUGGAACUGUUUUGUGCUGUAAACAUUCUCCAGUUCAUCUUCCUUGCUUUACGACUGGACAACUUCAUUUUGUGGAAUUGGGUGAUUGUGUUUAUUCCUAUAUGGAUUGUGAUGUGUAUAGCAAUGAUUGGCAUGUUGUAUAGAAUAAUUUUAACCAUAAUCUUGAUGAAGUCACCAGAUUUAAUUCCAGAACAGAGACGAGGAAAUCUUUCUUCUGCCAUAGCAUAUUCAUUCCUUGUCAUACCAUUAUUAACUUUUGAAAUCUUACUUGCCAAUCGACUUGACAGCGAUAACAACUUCAAAUAUUCAGCUAUCACCGUGCCUUUGUUGAUCUCCCUAAUGACACUGAUAUGUAUGGCGUUUGGUUGUAAGGGAGGUAACCACUGGUGGUUUGGCAUUCGGAAAGACUUUUGCCAGUUUCUCUUGGGUGUGUUCCCCCUUCUACAGGAAUAUGGAAAUAUUAGUUACUCGUUACAGAGUGACGAAGCUGAUUCCGAUGAGAGCUCGUCUGGCAUCAGUAAACUGGACAGUCUCGGAAGUAAACCAAAUAUCAUAGAAGAACAACCACGGAUUGUUGUACCUAUCAUAUCCAUAGAAACUCCUGAUUGAUCGGAGACAGCCAAGAAAGAGAGGGGUGAAGUGGGGGACAAAGAAAAAAGAAAAACCAUAUCAACUUGACAAAAUAUGAAAAAUAUGGGACUUUCUUUGUAGGAUGGUAUGUUUUUUUUUUUUUUUUAAUUCCUCUUCUCCAUCCUGAAUACAUUAAAUUCAAAUUAUUGUGAUAUCUAUCUAACCCUGGGCUAGCAUUUUCUGUUUCUCUGCAAGGUGCUUGUCUAGUCUCUGAACUUAGUCUACAUUCCGAUCUAUAGCAAAGACAUUGGAUGCAAGCAAAGUUGUGUGAAUACAUUACAAAACUGACCAAAAAAA